AUGCAUCUGAUCAUGAAAAGAUUGAAUAUUUCACUCAUUCCAAGAUAUAUUAUCUUAAAACAACUGAUAAUUUAUUCAAUGAAGUAAUAAUAAUUACCUUCUUUCACAGAAACUGGUUUAAAAUUUAAAACUCUAUCUCAUACGAAUUCGUUAUUAAAGCAAAUCAGUAGUCAAUAGAUAUCAACUAGAAGCAACAAUACUACAGUCACUUAAAAUAAUAUUCAUAUAGCAGAAUAAUUGAAAUUAGCGAAGGCGGAACAAAAGAGUUAACAAAAUAGUUUCCUUCUCAAUUCAGUUGUCUAAAAUAGUACUAAACAAUUGAGCAAUAAAACUACUUUUCGUAAUCAAUUAGAUCUUGAAGAAUUUGUAAAAUUUACUAAGAAUAAGAAAUAAGCUAAUCUUUUGUUAGAGAAAGACAGGAAGGAACAGAUCUCAGUUAUGUCUAGAGUUAGAGAGGAUGUUAGUCAUUAUUAUGAUCCAAUUAAAGCAGAAAGAAAGAAGUCUGAUAAUUUAUUAGAUGAAAAAAAAAGAUUAGAAAGAAAAAAACCAUUACUUAAUAGAAGAUAGAUAUCAUAAAUGAGUUCACCUCAAUUAUCUCUUUUAGAUAUGAAUGAAUAUUUAAAAUUUGAAACUUCUCUCAAUUCAGAAAUUCGUAAUUUGUAAACUGAUGCUCCUAUGGGCAGAGUCUAGACUAUAAAAUUAAAAGAAUGGUUUGACAAAUAAAAACAAGAUGAUUAACCAGAUACUUUAAAUUUGUUAUCAGUUACUAUUAAAGAAUUAAUAAAGUAAAUUAAAUUUGAAUGUUUUGAGAGAGGAUUGUUAAUUGAAGAAAUUUGGACUAAAGUAGUUAAUAUGAUAAAUGAUAUGAAAUUUUAAACAGAUAUGUUCAUUUCUAAAGGUAAAAUUUAAAUGUUAGAUGAAUAUGCAACAUAAUCUAAAAUAUUUAGUUAUGAGAUUGAAAGUCUUAAAGCAGAAGUUAAAAAGCUAAAUGAAUAAUUGAUUACAGAAAAUAAAAAGAAUCAUGUACUCAAAGAUGAUUAUAAAGAAUUAGAAGAUUAAUUUGGAAAAAUGAGAUUGUAAUCUAAUGAUCUAAAAAAAAUUGUAGCCUUUUUAACUAAAAAACUAAAGUAGGCUAAUAGUGAAAUAGAACUAUUGACAAAAAAAUUGUAGAAUGAAAAAAAACAUCGAUUUUCUUAAGUGGCUAUUCCACAUAAUGAAAUAAUUGUUAAUUAAACAGAUAAACACUAAUUGAGCAAAUAAAAUAGUAUUAAUAAUGCUCCUUCAAUGUUUUAUUUAAAAUAAGGACGUAAUUCCAUCAUGCCCUAAAAAACAGAUUCUCUAUAAAAUUCUUUAUAAUCCUAAGUUGUGAAAUAAGAAUCAUCUUCAGAAGAAGAACGAGAUGAAGUAAUAGAAGAACUUAUGGAUGAUAAGAAUAUUAUAGAAAUGGACAAUAUGGUGAUGAAUAUGGAUAAAAUAAUUACAGUUGCUUGUUUUGCUUAAAUUACAGGUUUAGAUUUUCUAGAAUAUGCUACCAAAGAAUAAUCAUGUCAAACAUUAAUUUCAAUGUAAAAAUCCGAUUUUAAUUAUUUUACAUAAUCACAGGAAAAAUUUGAUUAGGUCUUUGAACAAUAGAAAAUUAAAUAAAAUAUUGAAGAAUUAGUUAAAGUUUAUGAAGGUAAUAAUGAUAUAUAUAUAUUAUAUAGAUAAAUUCAAAAAUCAAACCUCAAGUAGACAAUUAAAUUCCUUAAUUGAGAAGAAGUUUUUCUUAUAAAAAGACGCUACUGAAAUGCCUUCUUUGACAGACAAAAAUAUGUUAGAUUCUGAAAUUUUUGAUGAGAGUAAAAGGAUAAUUCAUACAUAGGUUGAUAUAUAAUAACAGAAAUAACAUAAUGUAUAGUAAGUAGAUUUAGAAAAAGUGAAGACUCUUAUAGAAUUAUUAUCUGGUGCUGAAAUGUAAAACAAAUAAAAGGAUUAAAAAUUAAAUGAGAUGCAUAACUCAAUAAAAUCUUUGAAUGAGUAAAUUGAAGAGAUGAAAAAAAAACUAUCUUUAUUUAGUGAAGCUGAUUUAUAUAAUGUUGCAUGUGGUAAGGAAUAGAUAAAAAAAGAAUAGAAAUAAAUAGAAUAAUUUUUAGAAAGUUAAAAUUUAAAAUCUGAAUAGAAGAUAACUGUUAGAAAGAGAGAUGCUAAAAAGAUGACAUAGGCUAAAUUAAUUUUUAAAGGACCAUAAUUGGGAUAAAAAGUUACAGUAGUAUAUGAAUUCCAAAAAUAAAAUGCUGGACCUAUGCUUAUUGAAAAAAUUAAGCAAAAAUAAUUACCUAAAAUUAAACAUUUUAUGCCUCUUAAAUUAUUAAUAAAAUAGAUUAAUGUUAUAUAUGCUGAUAGAAUUGCAUAAUAAAAGGAAAAUAGUAAUAUUAAAGAAUAAGAUUUAGCUUCAUUUGUUUAUUCAUAUUUUCUAUCUCAAUUUGGUAUUAAAAAGAUAGCUGAAUAAAAAUUUUUAAUUUUAGUUGUUUCUGUUAAACACUAUAAAAGUAUUGUAAGGAUUAAUAAUUUUGCAAAAUUUUUGAAUCUUUUUGAUACUUAUGUUAAUUUUAAUUUGGAUGAACUCAAACGUUAUUUAGAAGCAUAUGAUUAUAUAACAAAUGUUUCAUAAUUGGGUAUUCUGAAUACUGAUUAAGAUUAAGAACUUAGAUAUAUGGUUCCUUAUUUAAGGGUAGUAUAAUAUAUAGGAAUCUUUGCAGAUUCUAGAAUGACAUCUGAAGAGAAAGAAGAGUUAAAAAAAGAAUUAGAUUUACUUAAAGAAAAUGAUCCUAAAUAAGUAAAUAAAUAACAUUUAAUUGAUUUUGAUUAAUUUAUGAUACAGUUAUUUGCUAAAUAUAAAAUAUUAGUAAGUAGAGCAAAAGAAUAUGUUAUUAAUGCUUUUGCAGCAUGUGAUUUAGGUAUUAUAAAUAUUAAUUAAUAAUAGAUGGAAAUGGAAUGUGUAAUUUUGAAGAAUGGUUUCUAUUAUUACGUCAUAUUGAACCUGAUCGUUUAAGUAGUGAAUAGAUUUCUGAAAUAUUUUUUGCAAAUGCUGAUUUACUAGUUAAAGGAGAAUAGAAUUUCUCAUUUGAAAAGUUUGCUGUUGUUUGUGUUGAAUUUGGUUUAUUUUCAGAAGAAGCUUAAAAUUAAUUCUUAUAGAUUAAGGGAUAAAAGACUGAAAUCAUGAGUUAAGUAAUCAUUUUAACAUUUUAUUAAAGUUUUAAAAAUUAUUGGAUUCAUGGCCAACUAUUAGAGGUGUUAUAGAAUAAAGAUUUGAUUAGAUAGUUCUACUUGAUGCUGAUCGAUUAGAUUAAUGGAGACAAAUAAUAGACACUUUAUAAAAGAAAAUUUAAGAAUUGUCUUCACAUUUGUAAUAAUCAGGAAUAGAGAAAAAAGUUAAGCCUUUAUUGAUAGCAAGUCUACUCUUACAAAAGGAAUCUGCCAUGUUGUUGGAACUCUAAAAUGAUUAUGAAGAUGAGAGUAUGGGAUCUCAAUUAUAAUCAAAUUAAUCUAUAAGAUUAGCAGAAGACUAAAUUAAAGAGUGA